UGCCUAUCAAGCACCUUGAAAGCUACCUUUUCGAACGAAAACACCUCCAAACGCUUUCUCUCGCCGUUCUUUCCGACUCUCGACUUGGAAUCGAUGCAUCGUAUUACCUUCAGCAAAUAACGGAUAACCCUCCGUCUCGUGAGCCGUUGUUGGCAGCCACAGGAGGCCUGCCGCUAGCGCUCACUCAACGCAUUGAAUCCGACCUGCGUGCGCUCGAGAAGCUCCGCAUCAAACCCGUCUUUGUAUUCCCAGGACUCCUACCCAACAAGCGCUGGAAGCAGCAGCACCAUGCGGAACACGUCGAGGCAUGUAGGGAUCGCCGAGACGCAUGGACGAAGUAUGAACAGGGUCAGGAGGAGGCAGCAACCAAGCUUUUUGAAGGACGAAGCAGUUUUGCCCAAUGGGACCUUUGGAGGAUGGUUUUAAGGAUCUUCAGACAUCGAAACGUCGAAUUUCUCAUUGCGCCAUAUGUCGCUUGGGCACAGGUGAUCUACCUCCAACGUCACCACAAGGCUUAUAUCCAUGCUAUAUACGGCCCAACUGACGCCUUGCUCUAUCCCGGCGUCGACAAGCUGAUUUCUGCUCUGGAUUUAUCGUCUUCCAACCCAACGUUCCAAUAUACAUCGAAGAGGAAUUUCAUUCAGGAGCUCGGUGUGACUGAAGAUCAAUUCCUCGACAUCGGCAUUCUGGUCGGAUUCGAUCAUUCCCCCCCAUUCCCGCCAACCGUGCACGAGCAAGCUCUAAAAGCAACCGUCGACAUGGUCAAAUACUACAAAUCUGGGCACGCAGCCGUCUCAGCUUUCGCCGAUCAUCCCGCAGUCAAGACCAUCCAGUAUUCAGACCACUAUGCGCGCACACGGUCGAUGAUCAGAUACUCUCUUAUUCUCUCGUCCGAAGGCUCGGUUUUACCUCUUCCUCUCGCGAUUACCACGCCAGCUGGUCAUGGUCAUCAUCCGCACCAUCCCACAGCGGCGGACGUCCCACAAGACCUUCACGAGAUCUUCACGCACCGACUGCCCGACGAGAUCUACUACUACCUCUCACGUGGCCUCCUUGGUCCACAGGCUCUCGUUUGGCUCACAAGCGGACAAAUCGUGGAGAACCCGCCAUUGGACAACGGCGAAACGACUGAAUAUAAACGCUUCGUGAAGGAAGUCAUCACUGACGGCCAAACCGGCCCGAGAGCGACUGCGUUGGCUCUCGUCAGUAGCGUAUCCCACAGCUUCUGGGCGAACAAGAAGGUGCAAGGAUUUUUCUGGUUCGAACAGCCGAACGCACAGCACCAGAAGGCCGUGCAGCACAACUCUCCUCAGACGGCCCAAUUGGCAGAGCGCGUCACUGGCUGGAACGUGCCCUAUUCAAUCGUCGAAGAAGAACUCAGGAGGCAAAAUGCGUCCACCAUCGACUUCGCCCUAUGCUUAGGUGCGACCACCUCGGACCGGCUGGCUGGCCGUACCAAAAUUAAGAACGCUGCCAACGCACCUCUUGAGAAAAAAGAUGAGGUUGUAGCCAAUGUAAUUUGGCGUUUCCUCGAGCUAAGAGGGUUUCUUCUCAACUCACAUGCCCACUCGCCCCUCGCCCGUGCGAUGCACAAUGCGAUCAAGCUGGCCCGGGUGAACGACAAGUUCCAGGAUCCACUCUACUUGUUUUUGGAACUCGUCCGUGCGGGUGUUAUGCACGGCCACCUGUGGUCUGGCCGCGCUUUCAGCGGUGGGCCUAGCUUCGGAACGGGUGAGGAAAAAUCAAGCAUGCUCCUGGUGAUGCGUGUUCUAUCUAUCGUUCCGCUCAACUUCAAGCCGCAACCCUGGUCGGCACCCCUUUCUCGGGAGCUUCUAGUAUUCAACUCGUUUGUGCGCUCGCUCACACGUGCGUUGCGCACACUUAUCGAGGUAACCUCGCUGAAUAUGCUGCUCCGGAACGACGCUCGGCGAGCUCGGGACGACCUCCUUGACAUUGCGCUGUCGCUUCCGUUCCAGACGGAGGUGAACACCGGAUUCGGCGUUUUGGCCAAGGUCUAUCUCGAUGCUCUUACCCACAUCAAUGGAGGUACGCGAGUGAGGGACAAGAACGCACCGGACGUCAAACUCAAGAAGGAGAUGGCGCUUGAUCUUUGCGAAGAGACAUUCCCGGGUGUGAAGGGCCCUACUGCGGAGGUGGAAAGAGGUUUCAGGUUCUGGGAUGUCGCCCUUGCGGCGAUGAGGCAUCUACACUCAGAAGGUGCCGUUCUGCGAGAACUCAUCGACCAGUUCGAAGCCGCCGAUGCCUGGCUUGCGCCCAUGCGUCCUUAAU